CAGUUUCUGGUCUUACGUCAAUGUCUCUCCUUCAAUUCAUCCCUCCUUCUUCCCUCACUCACCGACCUUCGAUAAACCCCAACGCCGACAGUCCCUCUCUUUUGAACCUCAACUCGAACCCCUUUUACAAACCAUAUUUAUUCCUCAAUCGCGCCGACUCCAAAAUCAGUUCUCUCCGGUGCUCGGCAUCCUCUUUCCCAGAGAAACACCGCGCCGAUCCUGCUAAAUCAGACGACGUCGUUGAGCUUCCGCUAUUCCCUCUCCCCUUAGUUCUCUUCCCCGGCUCCGUUCUCCCUCUCCAGAUCUUCGAAUUCCGUUACCGCAUUAUGAUGCACACGCUCCUCCACACCGAUCUCCGCUUCGGCUUGAUCUUUUCUGACCAUGAAUCCGGAACUUCCAGCGUCGGUUGCGUCGGCGAGAUCAUCAAACACGAACGUCUGGUUGACGACCGCUUCUUCCUCAUAUGCAAAGGCAAGGAACGGUUCCGCGUCACCAGCGUCGUCCGUACGAAACCAUACCUUGUCGCGGAAGUGAACUGGCUCGAAGACCGACCCUCCGGUGACGAAGAUUUGGAAGGAUUAGCGAAUGAAGUGGAGAGUUGUAUGAAAGACGUGAUUCGAUUAUCGAACCGGCUUAAUGAGAAACCAGGAAAAGAAGCGCAUGAUUUGAGGAGGAACCUUUUCCCGACACCGUUUUCUUUUUUCGUAGGGAGUACGUUCGAAGGGGCGCCGAGAGAGCAGCAGGCAUUACUGGAGUUGGAAGAUACGGCUGCCAGAUUAAAAAGAGAAAAGGAAACUUUAAGGAACACUCUUAACUACUUGUCCGCUGCAUCAGCUGUGAAGGACGUGUUUCCCUCUUCAUGACGACGGAUUUAAGUAAUUUUAGGCAAAUUUUGUUGACAAUUUCGUAAAUUUGUGCAGAUGUUUUCAUGGGUAAUUUCAUUUGUUAUGCAUG